AUGAAUGUGUUCCUAAUGUUCUGGCACCACAAGACAACUAUCUUCACAGAUGCAAAGGAGUCUAGCACAGUGUAUGAGCAGAAGUGCAUUGUGGGAGGAAUCCCCAACAGGCCCCCAGAUGAGCAGGGGCUCUAUAAGGAUGACCAGCUACUGGAUGGCAGUAAGACCUUGGGUGAAUGUGGCUUCAGAAGUCAAACAGCCAGGGCUCAAGCUCCAGCAGCUGUGGGGUUAGCCUUUCAAGCAGAUGAUGCAUUUGAAACAUUGCACAUUGAGUCUUUCUCCAGCUCCCCAUAGCUCCCAGAUGUCAUGAAGCCUCAAGACUCUGGAA